AUGCUCGCCCACCAGCCAGCUUUCCGGGGUCCUUCUCGGCAGCUUCCGCCGAAACGGACCUGGAUGUUGACAGUAGGACGAUGUCGAGGCAGCUUGUGCCACGAUGUGGACACAAAGACCUUACUCACUCAGGUGGGCCCCUGGAACCAAAGCCAGGACGGGGAAUGCACUGACUGGCUGCUGCGCGCCGGCAGCCCCAAAGACAGCGACUGGAAGCAGUGCAUUGGCGGCUCCAUGUGGCCCCAUGUCUGUUGUGGAACGUGCCAGCGCGUCUUGCAUGCGCAUGAAGAGAGGGUGGGGGAGAUGAUUUCUCAGCGGGAUGCGCUCGCUGCCGCCUUGGCGCAGGGGCCUCGCUGGGUCUCAUCGCCGCUCCUUGGGUCCGGAAGACGGAUGCCGCUCCUGGCGCUGGGCACGGGCGGGAUGGGCGGCAAGAGCGCCAGAGAAAUCAUCGCCUUUGCGCUACGAGCUGGCUACCGGCAUCUGGAUUCGGCCAUGACGUACCCGAGUUACCCGGAUGAGUUGCAGAUGGGUUUGACCGACAGCGGCGUGGCGAGAGAAGAUGUCUUCAUCAGCACCAAGGUGCCGCCGGAUGCCAUGGGCUUCGAGGCCUCCCACGCCGCUCUCCAGCGGCUCGCUGCCGAAAUGCCGGGAGGCUAUGCCGACCUCUGCAUGGUGCAUUGGCCCAACACGGCUGACCAGGCGCCGGCCUCCGCGAAGGAUCCGGCACUAUGGUCUGCGCUGGAGAGGGUCGGUACCUGGAAGGCGCUUGAAGCAGCAUAUGAUGCGGGAAUCUGCAAGGCCCUGGGUGUCAGCAACUACCUGGUGCAACACUUGCAGGAGCUUCUGGGCUAUGCGCGCAUACCCCCUGCAGUGAACCAAAUCGAGUAUUCCCCCACGGCGCCUUUGAUGGAUGUCGUUCACUUCUGCCGCUCCCAGGGCAUCGUCCUUGAAGCCUUUGCGUGGAAUCGAAUGGAAGUCUUCAUGCAGCAGGAGCUCAUCGAGCUGGCACAGGCGCUGUCACCUGAGGAUUCCAUGCGGCGUGACUUCCUCAUGCAGGUGCUCAUGCGGUGGUUCAUACAGCGCGGCAUCGUGCCUCUUUUCCGGACGGAACGUCAGGAGGUGGUCUUAGGGGCCCUUGGAAGCCUGCUCGCUCUGCCGAACCUCACAGAGACGCAGCUCCAGUCCCUGGAGAAGCCACGCA